AUGAAAUCAGGCUUUGGUGGUGGGGCCUUGUGGUGGUAUGCUCCAUCUGCUCCCCUUAAGUCCAGCACAGCACACAAGGUGUUCAGAGAUGAUGACACUGGGGAGAAACUGCACAGGAUUUGCGACCAUGUGGCACUUACCCCGGACACCUUCAGGUGCUUUCAGUGCAAGAGCGUCUUUGCCUCCGAGGAAUACCUCGCAAGGCACCGCAGGGUGAAGCACCCUCACAAGGGCGGGAAGCACCAGUGCAGGUUCUGCGACUACACCAGCAACAAGCCGGCUCACAUCAAAGAACACGAGAGGGUGCAUACGGGUGACAAGCCUUACGUCUGUGAAGUGUGCUCCAAGAAGUUUGGCUUGAAGCAGAACCUAGAGAGGCACCUGAAGACGGUUCACGUGGGGGAGAAGGUCCACGUGUGCGCCACCUGUGGUUACGUGUUUCGAGACAGAAAUGAUCUGCGAAGGCACAAGGCGGUCCACGCUGCAUGGUAG